CAGCAGCCGUCUCGCAAGAUUUCUUCUGUCAAUCGUCAACUCCCUCGACUUCACUCUUACAUCCUCCAGCACCUUUUUCCGCUUCCAAGUGUUCCUUGCGACUUGUUGCUCUUCUCGUUUCCAUGUGGUAGCUCAGUAAUUUUCCACCUAUUGAAGCUCACAGUCCUCCUCAAUAACUCCCUUCCUGGCCCUAGAAGAUCUUUUUGCCAAAGAUGGCGGAAGAGAUAAAAAUUGACAAAGCGACGUUUUUCAAUCGCCUCUCUAGCUUCUAUUCAGCAUGGAGAGCAGACAAGCGAUCGUCGAAUCCUGUGUUUGGGGGCGCUGGUUCGAUUGUGAUCCUUAUGGGAAGAACAGAGGAGGCAAAUUCCUUUCAGAAAAAUAAUGCUAUGCACUUCUGGCUGCUGGGUUAUGAGUUCCCGGCGACUCUAUUCGUUUUCACAACUGAGGCCAUGUAUGUGGUAACAACCACAAAGAAAGCAAAACAUCUUGAACAUCUAAAGGGUGGAAAGAUACCAGUUGAAAUCCUCGUCACCACCAAAGAUGCCGAACAGAGAACGAAGGUUUUCGAGAAAUGUCUGGAUGUCAUAAAAAGCGCCGGGAAGAAAGUGGGCACCCUACCCAAAGAUACGUCCUCCGGUCCGUUCGCGGAGGAGUGGAAGCGGGUGUUUGGCGAAAUAUCGAAAGAGGUAGAGGAGGUCGAUAUUGCGCCUGCUCUGUCAUCCGUUGCGUUCGCUGUUAAGGGCCCGGAGGAACUGAUCUCGAUGCGAAAUGCCUCCCGUGCCUGUAGCGGUCUCAUGUCGGAAUACUUUGUGGACGAAAUGUCCCAGCUUCUCGACGAGGAGAAAAAGAUAUCUCAUAGGGACCUGGCAAACAGAGUGGAUGCGAAAAUUGAUGAUGCAAAGUUCUUUAAGAAGCUUGCUAAACUGCCCGCCGAGUUUGAUCCACAACAAAUCGACUGGGCUUAUGGCCCCAUUAUCCAAAGUGGUGGCAGCUACGAUCUUCGAUUUACCGCCGUUCCCGACGCCAACAACCUCCAUACCGGUAUUAUCAUCGCUGGAUUUGGUAUUCGCUACAAGACUUACAGUUCCGUAAUCGCACGGACGUUUUUGGUCGACCCUAGCAAAUCUCAAGAGACCAACUACGCGUUCUUGUUAAGCAUCCAAGAAGCUGUCAUGAAAGACAUCCGUGAUGGGGCUGUGGCCAAGGACCUGUAUAAUAAAGCGCUUGGAAUGAUAAAAGCCAAGAAACCGGAGCUGGAGAAGCACUUCCUUAAGAAUAUCGGCGCCGGAAUUGGAAUAGAAUUGCGAGAUUCCAAUAUGAUUCUUAACGGCAAAAACAACAAAGUACUUAAGAGCGGAAUGACCCUCUGUGUCAUGAUCGGCUUUACUGACAUUCAAGACCCAGAUCCGAAGGACAAGAAGAACGAAACUUAUUCCAUGAUUAUCACGGACACUGUUCGUGUUGGCGAAAGUGGGCCCCAUAUCUUUACGAAAGAUGCGGGAGUUGACAUGGACUCUGUCUCUUUUUAUUUUGGUGACGAAGAAGAGACUGAGAAGCCAAAAGUCAAAAGCGAAACUGCAAAGUCUAGUGCCAUCGCCAGUAAAAAUAUCACAAAGUCUAAAUUGAGAGCUGAACGACCAACGCAGAUUAACGAAGGCGCAGAAGCCCGUCGACGUGAACACCAAAAGGAGUUGGCUGCAAAGAAACUCAAAGAAGGCUUAGAACGUUUUGCUGGAACCACAGGCGAUCAGAAUGGGACAUUACAGAAAAAGUUCAAACGUUUUGAAUCCUACAAGCGAGACAACCAGCUUCCCAUUAGAGUUAAAGACUUGACGGUGUACGUUGAUCACAAAGCCUCAACCGUGAUCGUUCCUAUUAUGGGUCGGCCUGUUCCGUUCCACAUCAACACCAUAAAAAAUGCGAGCAAAAGCGAUGAAGGGGAAUACGCAUACCUACGUAUCAACUUCCUGUCUCCUGGACAAGGUGUAGGUAGGAAAGAUGACCAGCCGUUCGAAGAUCCAUCCGCGCAUUUCGUGAGGAAUUUGACAUUAAGAUCGAAGGACAAUGACAGACUUGCGCAAGUUGCGCAAGAUAUUACUGAGCUUCGGAAAAAUGCUCUCAGGCGCGAACAAGAAAAGAAGGAGAUGGAAGAUGUCGUUGAGCAGGACAAGCUUAUUGAAAUUAGAAAUCGUCGACCUGCAAAGCUUCCUGAUGUGUAUCUUCGACCACCGCUGGAUGGAAAAAGAGUACCAGGAGAAGUUGAAAUCCACCAGAACGGUCUCCGAUAUCAGUCGCCACUACGGAGUGAGCAUGUUGAUGUUUUAUUCAGCAAUGUCAAACAUUUAUUUUUCCAGCCCUGUGCACACGAAAUGAUUGUUAUCAUUCAUGUCCACCUAAAAACUCCUAUCAUGAUUGGUAAACGGAAGACCAAGGACAUCCAGUUCUAUCGGGAAGCUACGGAAAUGCAGUUUGAUGAAACAGGGAAUCGCAGACGGAAGCACCGUUAUGGAGACGAAGAGGAAUUCGAAGCUGAGCAAGAAGAAAGACGCCGUCGACUUGCGUUGGACCGAGAAUUCAAAGCGUUUGCCGAGAAGAUCUCCGAUGCUGGCAGAGAUGAGGGGGUUGACGUUGAUGUUCCCUUCCGAGAAAUCGGUUUCAACGGUGUCCCUAACCGCUCUAAUGUGCUCAUCCAGCCCACCACGGAUGCUAUUGUUCAAUUGACAGAGCCUCCGUUCCUAGUGGUGACGUUGAGUGAAAUUGAGGUUGCCCAUUUGGAGCGUGUCCAGUUUGGCCUCAAAAACUUCGAUAUGGUGUUUGUUUUCAAAGACUUCCACCGACCCCCGGUUCAUAUCAAUACUAUCCCCGUCGAGUCACUAGAGGGUGUCAAAGACUGGCUUGACUCGGUCGACAUUGCGUUUUCUGAAGGCCCCCUCAACCUCAACUGGGGCGCCAUUAUGAAGACAGUCACUAGUGAUCCGCACGGCUUCUUCGUUGAUGGUGGCUGGGCCUUCUUGGGCCAGGAGUCCGACUCGGAAGAGGAAGAGGAGGAAGAGGAGUCUGCCUUCGAGAUGUCAGACUCCGAACUCGCAGCUUCUGAUGAGAGCUCUGAAGAUGAUAGUGAAUUUGACGAUGAGGCUAGUGCAGAGGCCAGCGACGAAGCGUUUAGCGGUGAUGAGGAUGAGAGCGCGGGUGAAGACUGGGAUGAGCUUGAGAGGCAGGCGAAGAAGAAAGAUCGUGAAAGCGGGCUCGAUGAUAGUGACAAGGGCAAAAAACGGAAACGGUAAAUUAAAUAUUUUCAGUCCGAAUUAUCUGUUUUGUUUAGUGGGCAGCAUGAAGUAUGAAUAUUUAUUGCGUGGAUCAUCUCUGCGAAAUGCGGACUUUUUUUUUUUUUUUUUUUUUCGAAAAUAAUAAUAUGGGAGGCGGGUGGCGGGAAACGAAGAUAUGAUCAAACGGGGUGUUCAUAAUUAUUGGCGGUCAAUUUCUUCUUUCUCUUCUACAAAACUCACUAUCUUCUUUUGCUCGUUCGCCACAGUAAAACGCGGGGCCAUCAUAAUAGUUGUUUAUCCACAGAGUACUCCGUAGAAAUGGCUCUCUACCAGGCAAACUAGUAUGCUCGGCUGAUCUCGAAUAAAGUCAACCCCAAGACGGAAACCAUUAAGGUCGCAAUGAUAUCUAUCUGCCCCUGUUAAGCAACUUCCUUCGUACGCAUAUCUACGGUUGAUGGAACAUAACGUCUCCAAUAUGAUAUGAGGGGGGUUCGCGGCCCAUAUAGUAAACUCAGACACGUAGAAGAAAGUAGUAUACUUCCAUUCCGCUAACUAUUUGAAAGAAUCCUACUAGGCCAUCGAAAUAGUUGCAAUGGGUGCUGG